GUAAAUAAAUUGAAGGAUAGCAAGCUGAAGGCCUAUUAUGCACUGUAAAACACACAAAUUAAAUACUUUUAAAAAAUUGAAAUAAAAGUUACAACCUGCAGUGAGAAGUUCAUCGAUUUUUAUUUAUUUAUUUAAUGAUUUUUUUUUAUUUAAUUACAAAUGAUGUCAGAAAUCUAGCUAAAAUUUAGAAAACGUUGAGUUUGAUGAAAUGACAGAAAAGGCAAAUUAAAGCUAUACAAAGAAAGAGAGUUUUAUAAUGAUGAACAUUUUUGAUUCGUGUGUUUGACAGCUUUUGUAAACGCAUCUCAUUAAGCUCGGUUUAACGAUCCGUCUUUUAUUUAGUCAGUGAGUUAGUUAUGUCUUUGUUCACUGGCAUAUCAGACCAUCUUUAAUUCUGUCCACCUGUCUGACUUUGUUAAUUAAAACAAAAUCCUAUCAAUGGACGCACCCUUCCCCCUUACAUGACCUUUGACCUGAAGAGUGUGAUGGAGAGGAUGGUCAGUGAUUGAGAUCUCCUUUAUUCCCUCCCUUCUGUAAACAGCCAUUGAUUGCUGAUGCUAAUUUCACCAGUGCACACACAGUUAGAGUGUGUGUGGCCUCUUACCAGUUGCAAUUGAAAUGGCAUGUUAAUGUUGCUAAUGGAGGUUUUGGCAGAGCUAUUUAUGUUGGUGGGUUUUUGUGCAGUUCGGUAUUAGAUCAAAAGGUGCGAGCGAGAGAGAGAGUGAGUGAGAGCGAACCGAGAGAAGGACACAGGUGCCCUUGCAGUGUGUGGUGACGUGAGUUGACUGUGAAUUGGGCAGGUGGUGGAGAAAGGAGGGGCGAGCGAGAGAGAGAGAGAGAGAGAGAGGGGGCUCAUGUAUUCUAGAAUGUCCAGUGGAUGUGUUGAACGUGAUCAGUUUGCCUGAACAGAGGCAUCUAUACCUCUGCAUGCUGCAUCCGUGAUACCCUGCAGAGCACAUCGAUAUACCUAGUAUGGAUAUGUAAGGAAUUUAUCAAGCUCAGCUGAAAAAAGCUACCAUGCAAAUUAAGUAUGACCCUGGGACUGAGCUCAGACCCCCCCACCGUAUGUGUGCGCACCUGUACGCUUGCGCUGGUUGGGUAUAGCGUCACUGGAUUUAUAGGCAGUAAUUUACUUGGCCGGCCCCUUGGCGCUCUGCGGCAGAUCCUUUCUGCCAUUUUCAAAAAUCUCUCUCUCUCUCUCUCUCUCUCUUUUUCUCGCUGUGUUUCCAACAUGGCCGUCCAAGGAGCCCACUGCCUCCCCGCUUUCGCUCUAUACCUCCUCUCCGCUCAUGCAAGGUCACUCCCUCGCACUUUCUUUUUGUCUUUAUUUUUUGUUUCUUUCUCUCCCUCUGAAACCUCCCUCGAUCGUACCUUUUCAUAUUUCACCCAAACGUGAGCGAGGCGCUACGUCUUUUAUAGUGCUGCGUCAAAGUGGUGGUGGGGGGGCGAUGGGAAAGAAAGCCUUGGUGUGUGUGUGUGUGUGUGUGACGCUGGGGAGGGGUGCGGGGUGAUUGGACACGCUAGGUGCCUCUCUGUAGAAUGCAGCACAGGGCUGGAGCUCUCGCUGAAUAUGGAUGAGAAGGAAAGCAGAGGGUGAUGCAGUAGGAAGAUUCCCCCCGUCAGUCCGCCUCUGCCUGAACAAUACCAAACCUCUCUGCUUCAAACACACACACACACAUACACACAGCACACAGCAAUUGCAUUGGCAUCACACACAAUCAGAGAAAGAGAGAGAGGGAAAUUGAGGGAAAGAGAGCAAGAGAGAGAGACGGGGGCUGACUGCGGGUAUGGAGGGGAGGAUGCGCUGACGUUGUCCCCCUCUCGGAUACGAACCUGGGGAAAAAGGUUGACUGGCCACAUUCCUUGACGGCGGCAGAGCUUCUAUGAUCAGCCUGCAAUCGGGCAUCGCUCACAGGUCCAGCCUCUCGGCGUCCAUGGCUAUCUGAACCCCACCUCCAGCACGCUACAGCAGAAUGGAGGAGGGUGAAUAUUUCUUGAAGGUGUUGAUUCCCAGCUAUGCUGCUGGUUCAAUCAUCGGUAAAGGGGGUCAAACCAUCGUCCAGCUUCAGAAAGAGACUGGAGCCACCAUCAAACUGUCCAAAUCUAAAGACUUCUACCCAGGUACAACAGAGCGUGUUUGUUUGAUUCAGGGUACAGUGGAAGCUCUGAAUGGAGUACAUAACUUCAUCGCUGAAAAAGUUCGUGAGAUGCCUCAGAGCAGUCAGAAGACCGAACCUGUCAGCAUUCUCCAGCCACAGACGACUGUUAACCCUGACCGUGUUAAACAGGCUAAACUGAUCGUGCCCAACAGCACAGCAGGACUCAUCAUCGGUAAGGGUGGGGCAACAGUUAAGGCUGUGAUGGAGCAGUCAGGAGCCUGGGUACAGCUUUCUCAGAAGCCUGAGGGCAUCAAUCUGCAGGAGCGAGUUGUGACAGUGAGUGGGGAGCCAGAGCAGAACCGCAAAGCAGUGGAGAUCAUUGUCCAGAAGAUCCAGGAGGACCCACAGAGCAGCAGUUGUCUGAAUAUCAGUUACUCCAACAUCACCGGCCCUGUGGCCAACUCCAACCCGACGGGAUCCCCCUUUGCCAACUCUACAGAGGUGUUACCCAACGCCGCCGCAGCAGCUACAGCCUCCACACUCCUUGGCCAGGCGGGUCUUGCGGGCAUGGGUGGGUUCCCUACGGCUAUGUCAAGUCUUUCCGGUAAUGAUCUGCUUGCCAUUACGUCUGCCCUGAACACUUUGGCCAGUUACGGCUACAAUACCAAUACACUGGGGCUUGGCCUUAACCCGGCCGCGGCAUCUGGGGUGCUCGCUGCCGUUGCGGCUAGCGCCAAUCCAGCGGCCGCAGCUGCCGCCAAUCUACUUGCCACAUAUGCCAGCGAGGCCUCUGGAGGGGGCGGUCACCCUGUCGGACCUAGUUUAGGAGGCUUCACGCUUGGGUCUCUAGCGGCCGCCACAGGGGCUUCUAAUGGGUACCUGAAUCCCUCAUCACCGCUGGUGGCAUCAUCUCUGCUGGGCACAGAGAAGCUGGCAGAAGGCGGAAAAGAGGUGGUGGAGAUUGCUGUGCCCGAGAACUUGGUCGGUGCCAUCUUGGGAAAAGGCGGCAAGACUUUGGUGGAGUAUCAGGAGCUGACUGGGGCACGAAUUCAGAUCUCCAAAAAGGGAGAGUUCAUUCCAGGCACACGAAAUCGCAAGGUGACCAUUACGGGGUCGCCGGCAGCGACACAGGCCGCCCAGUAUCUCAUCAGCCAGCGAAUCACGUACGAGCAAGGCGUCCGUGCCACCAACCCUCAGAAGGUGGGCUAGGGAUGGACAGGAGUGGGGAGGGGAACGACGAAAGUGAAGGAAACCAGAGAGAAUGGAUAGAUAACUGAAUGAAUCAAAUCGAUGGUCAAACGGGAUGAGCUGGUGCAAGAAACGUGUCCAAAUAUUUAAACACAAAAUAAGGACAAUUAUAAAACAAAUAAAAAAAAAAUGAUCUGAUGGAACUGUGGAUAGAUUAUCUGUUUGGGAAGAGAUAUUUUGUGAAAUUCUGCUGUAUUUUUAAAGUUGUUACGUUGUGUAGGUCAGAGAAAUGUGCCCUGGGGCACUCAGAGGAGGAGGAGCUCAAACCUCACUUCCUCUCUCUAAGCCAGGGUCUUUUGAAUUCUAUGUUCUGUUUUUGGCUUCCAUUGCUAAACCCCAGUUUAGUUCAUACCUGAUCCACACCCUGAGCAAGGAGAAUUGGAGUUUGAAGCGGCCCCCCUUUUGAUAUCAGUAAAUUCAGUCUCCACAAGUGUAGGCCUGAAAUGAAAACAAAGAUAUCCAUGAACCAUUUCCAUAGGUACUCUUGGUUCCCCCCUUGUUGUCUUCAACUGAGACUUAAUCCAAAACACUCGCUGAAAGCUUUUGAUCUGCAUUACAUUACUAAUAUCUCUGUGAUUAUUCUCCAUUAUGGUCAGUUCACACUCAAUCUCUUUUAGAUUUACUCAAACCUGUGAUUCCAGGUUGACCUGAAUGUAAAGACUUCCUGAUAUUGUUGGCGUUUUUUAUAUGUAAACAGAGUAUCAAAUUGAGAUGCUGGCAAAAGUAGAUAGCUAAUUUUCAGCCACAGACAGACAGAGACAGACAUCAUACGUCAAAGUCCAGAACUGGAAUGUAACACAUACAUACAAGUGCAGUUUAGUCACAGGAUCCCAUUUUGGUGCUAUAAGAAAACACAUUUGAAGAGAUUUUGUUGUCAUAUACACUGAUUUUAGUAUUUAUGGGAGAGUUUCUCGGGAGCCCUUGUGAAUUAUUAGGGGGCGUUUUGCAAUUUACCCACGAGACUGAGAGCGAGUGCAUAUUCAAAAGAUCCUGCUAGAGAAGAGACAGUAGGAUCUUAGAAGCCUGUUUGUUUCGUCUCACUGACUUUUAACUCUUACUACAGAAAAACUUUGGACACACUACCAAGGAAUUGAAGUCCUUAGAAUCCUGAACUUGAAAAAGAAUUGGACCUGUUUAGACAGAUGUACCUCUUAACUCCUCCUCUUCCCCUGAUUGGAGGAGCCAGGCAAUGUCUGUGCCUGUUUUGUUUGAAAGGAGCUCAGGUUGUCAUACCUCAUGUUUGUGAAGGAGAAAGAUUUCCAGUUUGUAUGCAGUGCAGCAAAGUCUUGGGUGCAUUACAGAUUCCACCUCGUUCACAUCGCAGUUUGGCAGGAUGGCAGCAGAGGUGCGCUUGAGGUAGUGAACGAGAGAAUAAAAUGACACACAGUUUUUGUAACCUGUCUGAACUUAUUUGAAGGCCGGAGGAUACUACUGUUCAGCCUUCUUCUGUAAAGCGGCGUCACUGCGAGGCAAACUCUUGCAGGCUAACUGAUCGUAAUUCUGCUUCCGUUGAGAAACCAAACUGCAGGCCGCAGCGUCAGACGCACAGCUCCGCUUGCCCAACAUUUCUAAACCAUUGCUGCAGAGUUUCACGAGCCCUCCACCUUUUUCACUGAUCAACGGGUCAUCAGUUGCACAGAGCGCGGUGAUAGUUACUCAUUACUAGUUAAUUCCACAGUUGUACACUGCAUCAAAACGUUUGCUGCUAACAGCAUUUUCGGUCUUGCCAGCAAUUGGCUCUUGCAUGGAGAGUGAGCAGGAGCUCCCGUACAGGGCGAGCAAUCGUCUCUGAACCACACUGUGAAUCCAGUGGCCUGACGCCAUCGCAACUACGGAAUGUACUGUACAUAUUUCACACCAUCGAGAGUGCGUCCACUGAGACACGGCAUGACGGAAUUAAGCAAUGAAACCAAGCGAGCACAAGAACACGGGCCACGAGGCUCCGCUGUAGGGACGUCUACCUGUAGUUUACCUUGCUCUUUCGCCAAAUCAUCGAGGUCAUCGAGGGUCCGAUUCCCUCUCCCCCCGCGGCGCCCAGACCUGUCAUUAAUUAGCAGAUCUGCAUUUGAACCCUGGACUUCCAUAUAUAACAACACUGCACAGCCCAAUCUACUGCUGACCUACAUGCACACUCUAAAAGUCAUUCAUCAUCUCCCUCCAACUACCAGGCCUCUAAUCUACUCGCUAGAGGCGAAGCGGAAACGUAGAAAAAGAAGGAAAGAGAGAGAGAGAGGGAGAGAGAGAGGGGUGAGAGAGUAACCUAUUUAUAUCCAUUGCAUAAUUGUGAGGAAUAUUAACAUUUCCACAUCUCUCAUGAUUGCUGUUUAAAUGCCAUUCAAAGUUUAACAUGCCAUACACUCAGUUAAUCUUCUUCCAAACUACUAGUUACUGUAUUUCGGUACCAGCCGUGAGAUAUCAAGUUCUCAAAGUAUAAAUUGAUGUUCAAUACUGUUUGGUGAUCAAACUGUACCUGAUUUCAGAAGCACAAGCACUUGGUGCAGCAAUAUGAGGGUAAUAUGAUUAUAGUCAAAGAUGUCAUUUAUAUUUGUAGUAAAAUUCUGUCUCUCACUCUCUCCGUGUCCUCCCUCUGUCUUUGCACUACCUCUUUUUCUUCCUUUUUCUGUGCUCUGACUUAAGACCCCCACAUGUCUUGCUCUGUCACCACUUUUCCCACUUUCUGUUGUCUCUCCUUUCCCCUUUCACUUUCUUCCCCUCCAGGCUGCCGGUCGCCACGGAUGUGUUGUGUGUGUGUGUGUGUUUAUCACAGAGGGUGUGUGCGUGUCUCCACAGUGGCUGAUGGGUAUUCUGCCAUGUUGCGAACACCGUACCUCUGGACUAAUACACGGCAUAGUCUAACAUUACUACAUGUGAUCAGAUUCUCAUGCUCUCUGCCUGAUUGAUUCAGUAUUCUACCUUAAACUAGCUAGAACAGGGAAUCUGUGCUCUGUGAGAACAUAGUGUCAACCCAGAGAAAAGAACUCUGGUUAAAAAAAAACAAGACAAAAAAAAACAAUAACCUAAGGGAGAUGGUUGUGAUAGCCACCUCAAUUCAGACGAUGGUGUCACCAUCGUUUGUGCUCUGCGUUCUCUUUCCUCUCUCUGAGAACUAUCGAAGAUCUGCAUUUCUGCAUUUUUCCUUCAUUUUUAAAAAAAAAAAUGAAACUGUGGAAUCCGUCGCGUCUCAUGUUCUUUGUGUAUUUUGGUGUAGUUCCUCUAGUUUGUGGUCUAAAUGCAGUCUUGCGCUGUUGGUUUCAGUGUGUGAUUAUCCGUUAUACUCGUGUGGAUGAUGAAAGUGCCAAUCAAGCCUGGUUAAGAUUAGCUUUGCAAUUUGUUUGUGCAUUAGAGUUGCUCUCUUUGGAGUGCUGGUGUCCAUAUCUACGUCAUUGAUAAUUUUAGAUCGACUUAAAAUGUAAAGAACUAUUGGAAGCAAUAUUGUAGCAUGUUGUCAAGUUUUGUGUUUUGUUAUGUCUGUUGUAUGAGCCUUUGGAUUUACUACGAAUUUUGAAUUAAUAGGUUUACAUGUACUUUUUUGUAAUACCGUAAGUUUAAAAAAAAAAGUAAAAAAUGCUGCUAUUUGAUAAGUGAAAUAUACAGAAAUAUUUUAGUUGAGAAAAAAAAAAACACGUCUGGUCUGUUGAUUAGGAUUGUGCUCGUUUUUUCGACAGGGGUAUAAACGAGGUGUAUCAAUAUUAAUUACAUAGACGCAGUAAUAAUAGUCAACCUGUGCCAAACUAGACUUUCACAGCUUCUCGACAUGUAGGUGUGUGAUGAAACAUUAGAUAUCGAUAACUUAUUUAGAAGCAUUGAACAAGUGCCAAUUAAUCAAUAUCUUUUAGUUCCAAUGAAAAGAUAAUCAGCGAAGGAACAAAAGAAAACAUAGCGCAACGUUAGCAUUGUUUUGACCCCAUAGCUGCAUAGACUAAGAGAAAAAAUUGUUUUAUGCAUCCAUAUGGUUUUAAUGCACUCAGUAGAGGCAUCCUGUGCAUUCGUUUGACCUGUGGCUUCCGCACUGCUUUUAAGUCAUAUUGUCUCUGUAGGUCGGCAUGGAGUAGGCAUACACAUGUUAUACGCAUUCAUAACACAGCCAUUUAUGAAAGUGUGUUUUGUGGAUUUAGGUGUUAUCUUUUUGCACGUCUCUAUUGCAUGAUAUCCAAGUGAAUUAUUGAGGGGUGGGAAAUCAAAACAGACAAACAUUUUUUAAACAAGAAACGUCUUGCGUCGCUCCGAGACACACUUCUGCAUGUGUCACAAACGGAGCGCUCUUUCUUUCUACCACUUCGUUUGUUUUUCCUCUGGUUUGUACUGCAACUGUUUUUCUCGGUCAGAUGGGUGUGGUCUUCUAAAGGCCUGUACACAUAUUAUAGGCCUAAGAACUGCAGCAUAACCAUGGGAACUGGAGUCAAUCAGGAAUUCAUAAAAGCGAGAGGAUUCCAGUUUACGGCGGUGGAAUGUGUUCGUACUUAUGUGUGAGACUCCAUCUUCCGGCCUCUAAUUUCAGGGGAACAUACCCAUGCAUGGAAGCGUCAUAUGAGUUCAGUUUUUUGGCUAUACGGUCCUGUUUAUUCAUAUGCGAGGAGUUGCGUUCAUCGCUUUCAGACUUCUCUAGUUUCUCAGCUUGAUUCUCCUAACCCCACAUGUAAUUUAUGAAUGUAUUUACAUUUGCAUAAACUGAAACAAAAUGUUAUUUCAAUGUUAAAUGUCUUUUAGGUGUGAUGUUUACGGCGGAGGUUGUAAAGUUCAUGUAGCUCGAUCAUAUCUGUCAGUGUUAGGAAGGCCCAGAGCCACAUUAGCACCCAAAUUCAUUUCUCUCUCUUCCUGUCUGCUGAUGCAUCAAAUGCACUUUACUGAGCAUUAGGUCCCAUCACAAACACACACAGUGUAACCUUCUACUGGAUGCAAACCUGAACCAAGCAACCUGUUUUUAACAUGGAAAACUUUGACAGAUAUAUUGUUGUUUUUCCUGUUGUUGUGUUUUUAUUCUUUUCCUCCUUUGGUGUUUGUAAAUGAGUUGUAAUUUUUUAAAGUGUGUUUAUUUUUGUAUUUCUGUUCAUUUUGGGGAGAAGAGGUCAGAAGGAGAGAGAGAGAGAGUGUGUGUGUGUGUGUGUGUGUGUGUAUGUAUGAUAUCUGUCCUGCAUUCCUACUACAUUCCCUUCAGUGUGUGUGAGCUUGCGAGCGUGCGUGUGUGUGUGUGUGUGUGUGUGCGUGUGUGUGUGUGUGUGUGCUUAUGCGUGAGAGCCUUUGCAUGGGUGUUUGUUUGUGAGUGUCUAGAUAAUGACACAGACACUUGUUACCAUUGUAAUUGCCAACUGUGUGUGAAACUGAAGUGCUUUGAAAGUGAAAGGUGUUAUUUUUGAUUUUCAAAACUGUACGUUCUGUUCAGUUAAGAGGAAUGGAAAAUAAAUUGCAGAAACCUCUGAAAA